AUGCGAUGGCGGGCGCGAGCGGCCCCAUCACGCGCGAAAGAACGCGCCAACAUCAGCUUUUUCAUAUUUAUAAUGUUCUUCGCUGUGUUUGGUGUAAUAGUCCUUACUGAACUGCUGUUUUUGGAGCGACCCCCGAGUAAUGCCCCUCGAUCCCGGUACAUAGAAAGCUUACAGGGUUGGGAAGGACGAACGGAUAAUGGUGGGGAUGGAGCAGAACCGCCACAGCCUGCGCAUGGACCACUCGACGCUGUUUGGCAGCCAGUUGCUGGAACCAGGUAA